AUGGCCUCUCCACAGCAAAUUCGCACAAAGCUGACCGAUCUGCUGAAGAUCCAGCAUCCCGUUAUGCUUGCGGGCAUGAACGUGGCUGCUGGACCUAAGCUCGCGGCGGCCGUCACCAACGCGGGUGGCCUCGGCGUGAUUGGCGGUGUUGGAUAUACGCCAGACAUGCUCCGGGAGCAGAUUGCUGAACUCAAGGGUUACCUUAACGACCAGAACGCGCCAUUUGGUAUCGAUCUGCUUCUCCCCCAGGUUGGCGGCAGUGCGCGCAAGACCAACUACGACUACACCAAGGGCAAGUUGGGCGAACUUACCGACAUCAUCAUCGAUUCGGGCGCAAAGCUCUUUGUUUCGGCUGUCGGUGUACCACCAAAGGCUAUCGUCGAAAAGCUUCACAAGGCGGGUGUCCUGUACAUGAACAUGAUCGGACACCCCAAGCACAUCAAGAAGUGUCUCGAUGUCGGCGUCGAUAUCAUUUGCGCACAAGGUGGUGAGGGUGGAGGGCACACGGGAGACGUUCCCACAUCAGUCUUCAUUCCGGCAGCCGUCAAGAUGGUCGAAGGCUACAAGUCCCCUCUAACAGGCGAACAAGUCCAGAUUGUUGCCGCUGGCGGUAUCUACAACGGACAGUCUCUGGCCGCUAUGCUCUCCUUUGGCGCUACCGGUGUCUGGGUAGGAACACGCUUCAUCCUUUCCGAGGAGGCUGGUGCGCCCAAGGCCCACCAGGAAGCUGUACGAACAGCGGGGUGGGACGACAACAUCCGCACAAUCAUCUUCACAGGGCGACCCCUCCGGAUUCGGACCAAUCCUUAUGUACAAAACUGGGAGGAGAACAGGCAGGCUGAGAUCAAGGAACUCACCAGCAAGGGUAUACUCCCUGUAGAGCACGAUCUCGAGAAGAUGGGCGACGAUAUCGAUGAUGAGACCAUGGACAACGCGCGGCCGUUCUUGAUGGGCAAGGUCGCUGCUGUCGUUAACGAGAAGAAGACGGCUCGGGAGAUUGUUGACGAGCUUGUCAACGAUGCUGUCAAGACGAUUCAGAACAACAACGCAUUGAUUGUGUCAAAGUCGAAGCUAUGA